UAUUUAAAUAAAUACAGCAUGCUUAUAGCUUGACUUGGCUGAAACAGCUUGUAUGGUAAAAAUCAUUUCAAUGUUGAUCGACGACAAACAACAUUGAUCAUUAGCUAAUGUUUGACUUGUAGCUGUAGCUAGGUUGCUAUGGCUCGCUGGUUUUUGGCUGCGUGCCUUUUAGUGACGUUUAUUGCAGUACAGGGUUUGAUAGUGCCUAGGGGUUACCGUUUAGACUUACACCCGUAUCCAGGUGACGGUGUAUUUAAAGGCAAAGUCCGCAUUGACAUCAUUAAUACAGGAAAUCAGUCCGUAGAUUCUGUUACACUAGACGUACACUCAACUCUCAAUGUGGUCGAUCGUGAGGUUAAAGUCACUCGUGUUGCGAAUUUGGACUCGUCAGAAGAAGAUGAAGUUUCGAUGGAAGAAACUUCAUUAACAGUCACAAAAUUAGAAAUACGAAAGGACAUACAUAAGUUUCAAAUUACAACUAAGCAAAGUCUUAAAAAAGAUGUUACAUAUCAAAUAGAAAUUUUAUUUGACGGGACUUUAGGAAGUGAUUCGUCUAGUCCAUUUUAUCAAUCAACGUAUUCUAAUUCAAAACAUUCACAACUGAAGAAAUGGUAUGUAGCAAUGAAUUUAUUGAAAGGAGGAGGAGCGCAUUAUGUAUUUCCUUGUUUCGAAAAACCUAAUCUGAAAACGUGGAUAGAGCUAUCAGUUGCGCAUAAGGGAGACUUUCAUGUUCUAACAACUAUGCCAUUGGUUGAUACAACAAAUGUAACUUCUGAAGGCGUAUGGGUUCGAGACCAUUUUUCUAGAUCACCGCCAAUGUCUGUUAAUUCUUUAGCCAUGUUCCAGUCUGAUUUUAAGCAUCCACCAAUGGGUGAAAAUAAUGGUGCUAAAGUUGGUGUAUGGGGCAAAGAAGAUAUUUUAAGAUCGUUGAAUACGGCACAAAAAAUGCUUCCAGCAGUUCUAGUUAAUUUGGAACUUUAUAUGUCUAGACCAUAUCCUCUACCAGAAUUGAACUUAGUGGCACUUCCCGGUUAUACUGAUGAUAAACCAAUUGAUGCUUGGGGGUUACAAAUGUUUAGAGAAGUAGACCUUUCUAAAAAACGCGAUGAUUUUUGGAUAGCUCAUCUUCUUGCCAAGUAUACAUCAUUACAAUGGACCGAUCAUCUCACAACUCCACUGUUUCCGACAUCAUUAACCCUAGCAUUGUCAAAAUUCUUAGCUGAUAAGGUGGCAUGGCAGUUGGAGAAACCAGUGUUCAAUUCAUACGUAAGUGACAUGUAUGGAAUGUAUUUAGAAUACGAUAAACCUGGUUUUACAGAAAUAAAAUCACAAAUGGAAGCUCUGAAUGCAACAAAAAUUCGCUUCGUAUUGGGAAUGCUCGAACAUAUAUUUGGGCCUCAUUCAUUUCGACAAACAAUCCAAUAUUUUAUGUCUAGCAAAGAAUAUCAUGCUUACUCUGAAACUGAUUUUUGGAACAAGUUGUCUGAUGGAGCAUACCACGCUGGUGUAUUGAUCAGAAAUAAAACUCCAGUUUCGAUUGAACAAAUAGUAAGGCCGUGGUUACAAGCUGAUAGACUACCUGUAGUUACAUUUAGGAGAAAUUACGUUAACACAACCGUUCAAGUUAUGCAGGAACCAUUUGUAUUAAAUGACGACGAGGAUGACGUGUCAUCUCCUGCAAAGAACACUAAAAAUUAUUUAUGGUGGAUUCCCAAUAUUGUUGUAUCACAAAAUAAUUUGACCGUACCAGUUAGAAAUAUAAGUUGGUUGAAACCAAUAGCAAGUCAAGAAGUAGAAAUGAAACAGUAUAAUUUCACAAAUAAUCAAUUUGUACUCUUCAAUCCAGGAAGCUUAGGACCAUUUAUUGUCAACUAUGAUCUAAAGAAUUGGGAACUGAUAGCCCAACAUUCCAAACGUUUUCCAGUUAGCAUUCGUCAACAGUUGUUGCACGAUUCGCUAACUCUGGCUUUAUCCGGCCGUUUGUGUUAUGUAUAUGCAUUUAACGUUAGCAAACUUAUCGAGCAAGAGCCCGAGCCUGCUGUUUGGAAAACAUAUUUUGGACUGGCUACGAGAUUACGCACUAAGUUCCAAGGAACACCAGUAGCUCCUAAAUAUGAUAUAUACUUGAAAAAAAUGUUAAAAUCUGUGAACGCUGCGCUAGAACAGCCGGAAAGAGGAGAAUCCAGUUGGAAGGCAAAUUUCCGUGCAGAAAAUAAACGUUUGCUGUGUGAAACAGGACAUCCUACUUGUCUGACAGAAGCUCGAGAUGUCCAAUCAAGAACGAAUACCUCAAAUCCCGAUGAGGAUAAAUUAUUCUUGGAUAAUUACUUGUGUAUACUUCUUGGAUAUGGAACACUGGACGAAUGGGAGUUUGGAUUACAUAGAAUUAUGUACUAUCCAAAAAAUAAGUCUCAAACAGAAAGAUUAUUUAUAUUUAGAUCAUUAGCUAGCUGCCCUAAAAAUGAAACAAAAUUUGUCAGAAUGUUGAAUUUGACGUUAAUGAGUGGAGAUCAUAAGUUUAGUGAAGAGGAUAUGUUAACAAUGUUGACUGUCAUGAGCACAGUAUCAUUGGGACAUGAAACUAUGUUCAAAUUCAUGAUGAAAAACUUUGAAUAUCUAAGCACUAAAUUGGAAAAGACUGUAUGGGAAUAUUUUGUUAAAACAUCAUUUAACAAUUUUAGAACAGAAGAAGGAUUAAAUAAGGCCACCGAGUUUUACCAAAGAAACAAACGGCAUUUUGUUUCUGUGGAUGAUAUUAUAAAAAAUGCACUGGAAAAAGUUAGGAUUCAAGUUGAUUGGGCAAGGAAACAUCUGACACCCUUGGACGGGUGGCUCACAAAUGCUUUACAAGAGCCUUGGAGACCACACGAAUUCCAAUUUAGAGAUGUACCAUCAUUUGUCGUUGGAUAAAUCAAUAUAUUUAACACUAAAAAUUA